AUGCAACAGAAGGAAAGUGAAGUCGUGACGAUCUGCAAACGACGAGCCUGUCCUCUAGAGGAGCCUGCAAACCUCACCAACACCUUUGUCGGGAAGGGUGUCAAACAAAGCGAAUGGAUUGAUGUAAAACUCCAAUUUGACUCGAGCUCUCCAAGGUUACGUGCUCAGAGCUUUGCCCGUGGGGUGAAAAGGCGAAGAGACUGCGGAAGCUCGAACCAUGAUGGAGGUGACAGCUUUCCCAGAAAGAAGCGGAGACUUCGGCUGGAACUUAUAACGUCUCAUUUAAGCGAUCUGUUUGCGACACCCCCAACGUUUGUCCCAGCUCGAAGAACCUGUCGGACUGGGCUCUGGGCACGAGCACGGAUAGGUGGUAGGGACCUGCUUAGACGAGCUGCGAUCUUCAAUUCGAUUGCGACGAAGCGAAGGACCAGUGGAAUGCGAGGGGUAGACCAUCGUCGACUUACGCAACGGGCAGCAUGGAUAGACAAGAAACCACCAGACUGCGAAUCUAUCAUCGAUGACGCGGGCGAGGACUAUGUCGCUUUCGAUGCCUAUGCAGCUUCGACCGAUGGCUCUGGAGAUGAGGACGAAGGAGCCGACGAUGUUUAUUCUGACUUUAAUCUACUACGUGACGACCUUUAUGACGACGUCGAAUUGGCCGAGGAAGACUAUGCGUUUGAUGGCUUCGGGCAAACGUUGACAUGCGAGAAGGGUGAGAAAGCCAUGAGCCUGGUCUUGGAAUCGGAAGACACAAGUAAAGAAGUCUCGGUCGCUCCUAAGGCCUUCGUGUCGUUCAUCAGAAGAGGCGUGUGA